GUGUUCAAAGGUGAAGAAAAGCUAACAAAAGUCAUCCGUUCUCGAAGUGUUUCGAAAAAGAUGGUCGCGACAUUUGUGUCAAAAGCGGGUCAUAUUGCAACAAUUCCUCUUAAUGAGCAGAGAACUGUUACUGCGGAUUGGUAUUUGUUUGCCAAAAGUCAUCACCGAGCUUCGAAAAAUCAACCCCGAAAGAAGAAUCAUCCUCCACCAAGACAAUGCAAGCUCGCACACAGACAAAAAAACAAGGCAGUAUUUAACGGAAGAAAACGUGGAAUUAUUGGACCAUCCUCCAUAUAGUCCCGAUCUAAGUCCUAACGAUUUUUUUAUUUUCCCGAAAAUUAAAAACAGACUGCGUUCCAAAUACUCAGAAAAACAAUAAAG